AGCCCCUCAGAUCACUUUCCGAUUGUCAUUCAGUCUCGCAUUGAGCAGCUGUAGAGUGCGACGAGACACAGCGCAAGCAACCUACCGGAACAACAUACAGGAAAUGUGACACGUUGAAGACCUGUUAAUUCUUCCAAUUGGAAUUCAGACAAUAGGACAAUUAAGAAAAUAUGGAAUAAACCUUUGACAACAUUUACAAUUACAAAAAUAAGUCAACUGUGGGACUAAUGAGACAUCUUUGAAAAGAAAAAAGAAUACAUGAAAGGCCGGAAUGGAGUUAUCCAAGAAGGAGCAGACCGAAAAGGAGUUGUCAGAAAAAUCUAUAGCUCAGGUUAAGGAAAGUCUAAGAAGGCUUGAGAACUGGGUUAAAGAGGGCAAAGAUCGAAAUGAUGCUAAAGUCAAAGACAUGGAAGAAAAGAUUUGCAUAGCUUUGGAUGUCCCAAGUGAAAGCUGGAUAAAAACUGGUCAAACUUUAAAAGGUGUCAUAGAAAACUUGCAUAAACAUCUGGACAUUGUACAGAAAGUAACAUCCUCAUCUGAGAUGAUUUCAGAUAAAGAUGUCCUGAAGAAUGCAUCAGGAAGUUUGGCUUUGGAAGGUGUUUACAAAACUGGUAAUCCUGUAGACUUGCUGAUGAAAAGAGAGCAGCUCAUUGAGAUUCCAGAUUCAUUUUCACUUAACAGCCCAAAGCAAUGUACCAGGUAUGAGCAAAAAGAAUUUUCAUCCCACAAAUCAGAAAGACAUUUUCACAAGGUUAUGGAGAAACUAGGCUAUAGCUUUAGCUCUGAAUUUAGCAUUGGGUUCAAAGGCUUCAGCUUUGGUUCUGGAGUACAAAAAAAAGAAUUCAGCGAGACAGAGGAAACAAGUUCAAAUUCACAAGAAGAAUCCUACAUCCUGCACACAAAAUACAACUACAUCCCACUUGCAUCUGGAUUUUUUCAGAAGGAUGGACUUAAACUUUCUACUGGAGCUAUUAAUGCCCUUAAAGAAAUUGAGAAGGUAAUUUUGUAUUCUAAUGACUGCAGACAAACCAGCAAAGUUGGAGGGUUUUUUGAGAGAUACGGGUCCCAUGUGAACCAGGGCCCUCUACACUUUGGUGGAGUUUUCUGGUGGAGAGCUUCUGCAUCAGGCUUCAGAAGUACUGAUUUGUCAGAGGUAAAAAAGUUGACUUCAGAAUCUCUUGAUGCUUACUGUGGUGCUGGAUUUGGAUUUGGUACGCUGUCCGUCUCAGGCAAAGUAGCAACAUCUUCCACGCAGCUGAAGGGGUCUUUCACAGGGAAAUACAGAGAGGACCUGAUGAGUCAAGUUCAGCUGUCAGUCAGUAAAACUGGUGGUCCUGCUGAGAUUGAUGACUACUUGCAGUGGAAAACCCAUCUUGCCAUUAAAAACAGAACGUGGAGUCUUAUUGACAGAGGAACAAACCUGGUUCCUGUCUGGGAAAUAGUGCUGGCUUCCCACAGAGAUGAUUUUGAAGAUGUGUCCAAUUUAAGCAGAAUAUUGAUGGAGGCAUACACAGACAUUACCAAAGAAAAUGUGGAAGAAGUGCGGGGAGAGAACAUUCUUUUGGAAGAGGAAAAAGCAGAAACUCUGAUUCAGUCAGUAAAGGGAUGGAUUGCCACUGACUGUGAAAUAUUAUUGACAAAGUUGUUGAACUUCAAAAACAGUCUCUUUGAGAAAACAGGAUCCCACAAAAUCUGGUUUCGGAAAUGCCUCUCAAAUGAGAUUCUUCAAAAUUAUCUGCUUGAAGUGGCUACAGCAAACAGCAAAUCCGAAGCUGUAAACUUAAGAAUUUUAACAAGCUCCCUGUUGGAACCAUAUCUUUAUAAUACAGUGGAGAACUUCCCAAACAGAAAGACCAUUGUGAAAUGGGCUUACCAAACUGAAGGCGACUCCCAUGACCAAGUUUCUGUUUCUGAAUACUCAGAUCUAAGUAGAAUCUUGCAGUCUGUCAAAAAAGAACUGGAGGAAAGCAAUCAUGCCUUCAGGUCUGCUGAACAGGAACACAGUGCAAACAUAAAAGCUACAAAAACUGUGGCUCUCUCACUUAAAUCAUUUUGUAAGACCUUGGGAGAAAAUGAUCAAAAGGAAACUGAACUGUUGGUACUAUCCAUAAUCACAGUUUUAGGGUACAACAGAGAAAAUAGGACAUUUAAUCAUGCUCUGUGUAUGAAUGAAAUCAUAUUCUUGCAGUCUGAACUGCAAAAACAUUUAACAUGUUACCCUCUCUAAAAGAACAGUGUUCCAUUAGGGCACAGGCCUACCUGUUGCAUACGGCUUUGACUGUUUCCACCAACGCAUACAUAAUUAUUUCACCUAAAGAAAAGAGAGAAAGAUUGGAAUUCAUACAAACACAACUAAAGAGCAAGCUUUCAAGUCACAUUGAAUCAGUGAUUGAGAAAAACCGUGAUGAUUGGGAAUCCCUGGAGAGUGCAUUACAUUCCAUCAUAAUGGGUAAGCAGAUGAGUGAUGGAAGUACGUCAGUGGAGGAGUCAGUCAGUCAGCUGGAAAGUAUUCUAAUGAAGCCAUUGGCAAUUUUAUCUGAGGUUCAGACAACAGAUGAGCACAACACAUCAGUGAUGGACAAAAGUGAAAACACAAGCAACUUCAUGGAUCUGCUUCUGAAGUUAGGUCUACAAGACUCCUACCCCAAAAAGAUGACAAAAUCUAAUGUUCUUGUCACAGACAGAUUAUCGU